GUUGAUGUAGUUGAGACAGGUACAAUAACAACAUUUAAAAGACACUUGAAUGGGUACGCGGAUAGGAAAGGUUUAGAGCUAUAUGGGCCAAAUGCAUGCAGGUGGGACUAUGUAAAUGGGGCAUCAUGGUCAGCAUGGAAGAGUUGGGCCGGAGAGCCUGUUUCUGUGCUGGAUGACUCUAUGACUCUAGCGGUAUGGACAGUUUAGGUUGAUUUCAUCAUGAGACAAAAUAUUAGUGGUAAUUAUAUAUAAUGGUUGGCCUUUAUGUUUCAGUCUGUUUACAAGAUGCUUGAUUGCAUGAAGUGUGGCGGUCUGGUUCUGAUUGUUCUUCUCGUGAUGAAGCACAGCUUUAAUUCCUUUCCUGAGGUGGAGGCUGCAGCUGGAGGUGAGAUUCACACAUUGCCAGUGGUUGUUUCAGGGUGGCACUCUGGCACAGCUGUAGAGUUGCUGCCUUACAAUGCCAGGGACCCGGGCUUGAUCCUGACUGCAGGUGCUGUCUGUACGGAGUUUGCACGCUCUCCCUAUGACAGCAUGGGUUUCCUCCGGGUGCUCCGAUUUCCUCCCAGACUCCAAAGAAAUGCCAGUCAGAUCAUGUUGUUUGUAGUGAAAGUUUUUAUAGGUUGUGUUAAAUCCAGGAUCUGGAAUGUUGAUCCAAAUUUGUCCUUUCUUCCCAAAGGAUGCCCGGACUGCAGGCUGAAGGAGAACAGCCGGUUCUCAAGGCCAGGGAUACCCAUUUUCCAGUGUAAAGGCUGUUGCUUUUCCCGUGCUUAUCCCACACCAAUGAGGUCCAAGAAAACAAUGCUGGUUCCCAAGAACAUCACUUCAGAGGCUACAUGCUGCGUGGCAAAAUUAUUUUCCAGGGUAAGAGUUUUGGAGGAAAUAGAAAAAUAGAAAUAGAAAACCUGAUUCAAGAAAAGAAUUUGGCAGUGAGACUGAAAAUGUAGCCCAUUCUUUCACCCAAACAAAUGGAGCACCUGCUAAAAUAAUGAAAUACGUUUCAGGGAUAGUAUUGCCAGCACCUAUUCAAAGUUUAGUAUCUAGAAAGGUGUUGGAUUUACAAAGGGUACUGUUAGCUUUCUGUAGGAAAAGGUCCAGCUGGAGAGCACAGGAAAGGUUUCGAGAGACAUGGGCCAAACGUGGGCAGGUGGGUACACAAAAAAGCUGGAGAAACUCAGCGGGUGCAGCAGCAUCUAUGGAGCGAAGGAAAUAGGCAACGUUUCGGGCCGAAACCCUUCUUCAGACUGAAGUAGGCCGCCUGAGUUUCUCCAGCUUUUUUGUGUACCUUCGAUUCUCCAGCAUCUGCAGUUCCUUCUUAAACAGUGGGCAGGUGGGACUAGUGUAGAUGAUGCAGUUUGGUCGGCAUGGGCAAGUUGGGGUGAAGGGCCUUUUUCCUUGCUGUACGACUCAAUGACUAUGAACUGGGUCUUAGGGGAGUCAAGAAGUUUGGACUUAAGAGAUGCAGCGAGGGCGGCCCUUUGACCCACUGAGUCCGCACCGACCAGCGAUCGCCCUGUACACUAACACUAUCCUACAUGCUAGUAACAAUUUUUACAACUUACUGAAAGUCAAUUAACCUACAAACCUAUACGCCUUUAGAAUGUGGGAGGAAACCGGAGCGCUCACAGAAAACCCACGCAGUCACAGGGAGAACGUACACACUCUGUAUCGACAGCACCCAUAGUCAGGAUCAAACCCGGGUCUCUGGUGCAGUGAGACAGCAACUCUGCCACUGUGCUGCCCUAAAGUUAGAUUGGUUGUGGUGCUCCAGGGGAUGUGGGUGGGUAUUUGGAAUGAGCUGCCAGAGCGGGUAGUUGAGGCAGGUACCUUGACAACAUUUUAAAGACAUUUGGAUGGGUACAUGGACUGGAUAGGUUUAGAGGGAUAUGGGCUGAGUGCAGGCAGGUGGGACUAGUGUAUAUGGGACAUCUUGGAUGGCAUGGACAAGUUGAGGCCGAAGAACCUUGUAGACAUAAUAGUACCAGAAUGUUGAUGUCCCUCAUGCAAUUGGUAAUGGAAGUUGCCAACUUCAGUGAUGCUUAAAUAGGCAUGGAGAGAGAUGAAAAUGAUUUUCUCACAUCUUUCAUUCGACUUAGAAUAAUUUGCAGAAGACCAAUAAUGGGACCAUCAUGGUUAGGAAUGAUUAGCGGCAGGGGGAGUUUCUUAAUUCCUGUAAGCCAGCUCCCUGUAUCCCUGCUCUGCCCAACCUGCUGUCUUUUGUACCUGCAAGAGACUUUGCUAUAAUUGCCUCAGUGCUGUUUAUUAACUUCAGGCUGUUAAUGACUCUAAUAGACUUGCCAGUGGGAAUUCCUUUGUAUGUGAGCUGCCCCAGGGAGAAGGUAGACCUCAGAAGAGAUACUAACCAGAUUAAGCUGCAUCAUAGCCGGUUCUGUCAACACCUCAGGGUAUGGUUACUUCGUGAAACUAUUUUUUUUUAGAUGCUGGAAAUAGAAACAUAGAAACAUAGAAAAUAGGUGCAGGAGUGGGCCAUUCAGCCUUGCGAGCCAGCACCGCCAUUCAAUAUGAUCAUGGCUGAUCAUCCAAAAAUCAGUACCCCGUCCUUUGAUUCCAUUAGCCCUAAGAGCUAAAUCUAGCUUUCUCUUGAAAACAUCCAGCGAAUUGGCCUCCCCUGCAUUCUGUGACAGAGAAUUCCACAGAUUCACAACUCUCUGGCAGAAAAAGUUUUUCCUCAUCUCAGUCCUAAAAUACCUACCCCUUAUUCUUCCCUUAAUCUGCAAUAAAGACAGAAUUAUCUGGAAACACUCAUCAGUUUGGGCAGCAUCUGUGUAAAGAGACACAGAAUUAUCAUUGCAGGUUAAAGACCCUUCAUCAGAACCAUGUAGGAAGGAACUACAGAUGCUGGUUUACCGAAGAUAGACAGAAAAUGCUGGAGUAAUUCAGUGGGUCAGGCAGCAUCUCUGGAAAAACGGAACAGGUGACGUUUCGGGUUGGAACCCUUCGUAAGUCUGAAGAAGGGUUCCGACCCGAAACGUCACCUGUUCCUUUUCUCCGGAGAUGCUGCCUAAGUCGCUUAGUUACUCCAGCACUUUGUGUCUGCCUUUGUAAUAAACCAUCAUCUGCAGUUCUUUGUUGCUGCAGUGAAAAACUUUGUUUUGCAUGCUAUCCAGUCAGAUCAGAUAAUACUAUACAUAAAUACAACCAAGUCAAUUCAAGUAUAAUAGAAAGAGCAAAGGGGAAGAUACAGGAUGCAGAAUAUACAGGAUGCAGUUCUCAGCAUUGUAGCGCAUCAGUUCCAGAGACAAAUCCAAUGUCUGCAAUGGAGUAGAGGUGAAUCAGACAGUCCCCUAGCUUGGGGAAGGGCUUUUCAGAAGCUUGAUAACAGAGGGGAAGAAGCUGUUCCUGAGUCUGGUGGUGCGCACAUUCAAACUUCUGUACAUUCUGCCGAACCGGAGCAGGGAGGAGAAAGAAUGACCGGAACGGGAUGUCUUUGAUAAUUUGGCUGCUUUUCCGAGGCAGUGUGAAGUGGAGAUGGAGUUAAGGAUCUUGCCAUUAAUUGUUUAUUGUGUGUUGUGAACCUUUUGAGCAAUACCUAGUUUUGACUCCCCUCAUAGCUUGGUGAGUGUGCAGAGUAUCAUUGAAGCUCAUCAAUCAAGGGGUGCUCAGGUCUUUCUCAAAUCUAGAUGGUAGGGAAGGUGCAGAUAUCUUCAGAGUGCAUGUAUUCACGUGUGGACAGUAGUGACCAGAUUGUCUGGGCAACACAGUGGAGCAGAGGUGGCACAAUGGUGCCGCUGGUAGAGCUGCUGCUACACAGCAGCAGAGACACAGGUUCGAUCCUGAC